GUGGAGUGGGGGGGGCUCUCAGGGGGGGCGUGUGACUGUGGGUCUGACCGACGUUUCUGUGGUGGUAGCGCUGAAGGCCAUAAGCCGGCUGGGCAGGCUUACCGUGUAGAAAGGUGGUGGGGUCAUCGCCCUGUUUUCGGGGGCCCCCAGGAAUAAUUGGGGGAAGGCUGUUCUCCAAUGGCAAGGGCCCAUCAGGAGAGUGGAGGGUGCCAGAAAGGACUCUGGGGAUGGGUCACAUAGAAGGAUCAGCAGGGUAGCCUUAAUACUGGGGUCUUGCAUCUGUGGGAGCCCUGUGGUUUGGCUAUGAUUCAGGGACCCAACUUGGAUUUCUUCUCAUCCUUGCAGCAAAACCAGAAGGAAUGAGACAGCCCAUCUGUUUUCCAGCAGCUUUUAUCUGUGAAUUUCUUAUGAACUUCAUUGUAGUAUCUGUUUAAUAGCUAUAUAGUGUCAUAGCACAGGUCCAGUUGCAGUAACAUCGUGAUCUGCUGUGUGACUACUGGGCCGAUACUCUGGCAGAGCCAAUGCUAGAUCUGGAAGUGGUUCCCGAGCGAUCUCUUGGGAAUGAGCAAUGGGAAUUCACCUUGGGAAUGCCAUUGGCUCAAGCUGUAGCAAUUCUUCAGAAACACUGUCGUAUUAUCAAAAACGUCCAGGUUCUCUACAGUGAGCAGUCUCCUCUUAGCCAUGACCUCAUCCUUAACCUGACUCAGGACGGAAUCAAACUGCUGUUUGAUGCUUUCAAUCAGAGACUUAAGGUGAUUGAAGUUUAUGACUUGACUAAGGUGAAGUUAAAAUAUUGUGGUGUCCAUUUUAACUCUCAGGCAAUUGCUCCAACCAUAGAACAGAUUGAUCAAUCGUUUGGAGCAACACAUCCAGGAGUGUACAACUCAGCUGAACAACUCUUUCACCUCAAUUUCAGAGGACUGUCUUUUUCUUUUCAAUUGGACUCAUGGGCUGAAACUCCAAAGUACGAGCCUAACUUUGCUCAUGGCCUAGCUUCUCUGCAAAUUCCCCAUGGUGCAACUGUGAAACGUAUGUACAUCUACAAUGGAAACAGCCUGCAGGAUACGAAGGCUCCCCUCAUGCCCCUCAGCUGUUUCCUUGGUAACGUGUAUGCAGAGAACGUUGAUGUUCUGAGAGAUGGAACUGGACCCUCAGGUUUACGGCUCCGCUUACUCACUGCAGGCUGUGGCCCAGGUGUAUUAGCUGAUGCCAAGAUGCGGGUGUUUGAGCGCUGUGUGUACUUUGGUGAUUCAUGCCAAGAUGUUCUGAGCACUUUGGGGUCUCCGCACAAAGUCUUUUACAAGUCAGAAGACAAGAUGAAAAUUCAUUCGCCCUCCCCCCAUAAGCAGGUUCCAUCAAAGUGCAAUGACUACUUUUUUAAUUACUUCACACUUGGAGUGGAUAUUCUUUUUGAUGCAAAUACUCACAAAGUGAAGAAAUUUGUCCUGCAUACAAAUUAUCCUGGUCAUUACAACUUUAACAUAUACCAUCGUUGUGAAUUCAAGAUUCCACUAGCCGUUAAGCGAGAUAGUGCGGAUUCACAGACUGAAACAUGCACAACGUACAGCAAGUGGGAUAGUAUUCAGGAUCUUCUGGGACAUCCUGUGGAAAAACCCGUGGUACUUCAUAGGUCAUCAUCUCCAAACAAUACUAACCCAUUUGGAUCAACGUUUUGUUUUGGACUGCAACGAAUGAUCUUUGAGGUGAUGCAGAAUAAUCACAUAGCAUCUGUUACUUUGUACGGCCCAGCAAGGCCCAGCAGCCAGUUGAGAACGUCGGACCUUCCUCAAUGAAGCAUUACCUUCAAAAUCAGCUAAUCUAAAUGCUACAAAACUAGUACAGCGUGCCUUGAUUUACUGCCACUUAUAUGGAAAGCAUGGUAUGAUUUUUUUUCAAAAUAAAAUUCCUCCCGUCCAUGCGUGGUGCGGAGGGAAAAUUCUCUCAACCCUUCAUCAUAAGGCAUGGAACUAGUGAUGGAGGAAAGCAGCUAGAUGCCUGUGUUGUCAUUUUACUCCUCUCGGUUGGCCGUCUCCUGCACAGUACAGACCUGAAGAGACUGUCUGUCCUUCCUGAGCUGGCAGAAGGAGCAUUAAUGACUGCAAGAAUUAGAAGCACAAACAUUCUGAGCCUUGGAGCAUCUGGAAACAGGUAUUGAUAUUAGUCUGUGUUUGUGUUACUGUAUUGAUGUGGUGGUCCUGUUUUAAGAAACCAAGUAUAUAUACAUACAUUAUAUAUAUACACACAAAUAUAAACACAUAGAUAGUUCUGUGGCUUAGGACAUGGUACCAAGUGUGACAAGGGUGUAUAUAUGUCCAUGAUUUCAGGCACCACAUCUUUGUGUAACUUCAGAACAAGCAAGUAGCAUGUGCAUAAUACUUGGUUGUGUAACAUUUGCACUACAUACACUUUAAUUACUUGAUAAACAUUAUCUUCACUGAGGAGCAUCUGUGUACGGGAUGUGAUGGUUAUUUAAUGUACGCUGCGCAUUAAGCUUAUUUAUGUGGUGGAUUGAUGAAUAGUCCACCUUCCUGCACUAAUAUUUACUUGACAAGCUGAAGCAAUUGUUUUUCUGCCAUGCCUGGUUUACUAACUUUUUUUCAUAUGCCGUUUCCAAAAAAAACCCCAAAAUCUGGAAGAGAUUAUUCCUAUGACUGAAAGAGGUUUUUCUUUGACAGCAUUUUUCUUUGUACUUAAAAA